AUGCGAGAUGGAAUACAGUUGGUUGUAUUAGUGUAUGUGGAUGACCUUAUUAUAGCUGGAAACAAAACGCAUUUGAUCAAUGAAUUCAAAUCAUACUUGAGCCAAUGUUUCCAUAUGAAAGAUUUAGGUGCUUUGAAGUAUUUUUUGGGUGUUGAAGUAGCUAGAAAUGCUGAAGGGAUUUUCUUGUGUCAGCGAAAAUAUGCUUUAGAUAUCAUUAAUGAAGCAAGAUUGUUGGGUGCUAAACCUUCGAAGUUUCCUAUGGAGCAAAAUCAUCAUCUCGCUUUAGCCAAAGGUGAUUUGCUGCAAGACCCUGAACAAUACCGAAGGCUGGUGGGAAGAUUGAUUUACUUGAGCUUAACUCGGCCUGAGUUGUCCUAUGGUGUGCAUAUUUUAGCACAAUUUAUGCAACAGCCACGGAAAGAGCAUUGGGAGGCAGCCUUGCGCAUAGUCCGAUACUUGAAAGGUAGUCCGGGACAAGGCAUUUUACUCAAAGCUGCUUGCAAUCUUGAACUGAAAGCUUAUUGCGAUUCGGAUUGGGGCGGUUGUCCAUUAACUCGGAGAUCACUUACAGGUUAUUUCAUUUUUCUUGGGAACUCUCCGAUUUCAUGGAAGACCAAGAAACAACAUACGGUUUCUCGCUCAUCGGCUGAAGCAGAAUAUCGCUCUUUGGCUGCAACGGUUUGUGAAUUGAAAUGGCUAAAAGGUCUGUUAUUGUCUUUGGGAGUGCAUCAUGAUCAAUCUGCUAGAGUAUUUUGUGAUAGCCAAGCCGCAAUGCAUAUAGCUGCAAAUCCUGUCUUUCAUGAACGCACCAAACACAUCGAGGUUGAUUGCCAUUUUGUUCGUGAUGAAAUAUAG